AUGGGAAAUAUACAAAAUACACUUAGAGGUGGCGAUCAAGAUGGUGAAGGCAGUGAUUUGCCGAGGACAACAGUCAUUCACUAUCAUAAUGGUGAUAAAUAUGAAGGUCAAAUUUUGAAAAAUUUAAGAGACGGCUAUGGUAUUUACAUUUGUGCUGAUAAAGACAAAAGGAGCAAUUACGAGUAUCUGGGUUAUUGGAAAAACAAUCUUAGAGAUGGCGAGGGAAAAUGCUAUUUUUAUAAUGGAGAUCUCUAUGCAGGAGAGUGGAAAACUGGGAAAAGACAUGGCAGAGGUGAUCAUUUCUAUAGAAAAGGAGAGAGAUACACUGGGGACUGGAAAAAUGACAUGAGAGAGGGUUAAGGCACACUGAUUUCAUCGAAUGGAGCCAAGUAUGAAGGGCUUUUCAAAUAGGAUAAAAAACAUCUAAAAGGGAAAAUGACAUUGCCUGAUAGCUCUGUAUUUGAAGAAUACUGGGAAUAUGGGGUACUGGUUGAACACAAAAAGGUCAAUGAUGGUGACAAGGAUUAAUUACCCACUCAUACAGAGAUUUUAACAGCAUCAAUGAUGAAAAUGAAUUAGUAAAUUAAGAAUCAUAAAAAAGGAUUGAUCGAUAAUCAUGCUGUAGCUAAGAAAAAUACUCAUAAUAAACUUAAAAAUGAUCUGCAUAAUAACAUCAAUAAUCAUAGAAAGGUUAAUACCUAUUCUCAGAUAUCGAAUCUAUUAAACAAGAAGCCUGAUGUAUUAUAAUGGUCACUUGAUGAUGUAUGCUCCUGGCUAGAGGCAACUAAUCUUUAAUAGUUUGAACAUUUGUUUAAAAAAUGCCUUAUUGAUGGUUAUAUCCUGACACAGAUUAAAGAGCAUGAUUUAGAAGUGCAUUUAAAAAUUGAGCAGUUAGGAUACAGAAAAAGAAUAAUGAAAGAGUUGUACUUUUUGAAGGUGCUUUGGAUUAAGCUAAGCGGUGGUCUUGAUGCUCAUGGGCUAAAUUUAAGUGAUAAGUCAAGCAUCAUGUAUGAAUCUCAAUAUUUAAUGGAUCAAUCUUCCUUUAAUAUCUAAUAGGAUACCACUUUGAAAUUAUUUGGGACAGAAGCUGAAUCGAUUUCUCCAGAAAAAGAUACUAAUAGAAGUACCUAUAAAAGGAGAAGGACUAAUUAAAAUUUGGUAUUAUCAAUGGCUGCUUUGUAAAAUACUUCAACAAGUAAAUAUAAUAAUACCUCCAGAUCUUAAAUUUCAAAUGAGAUGAAUAAUGCUUCAUAGAACAAUAUAUUUGGCAAGUAAAAUCAGAAUAGAAGCAGGUAAUAUGAGAAUGAGAUGUUUAUAGAUGAGAAGAACUAAAUGGAUAAUAACAAUGAGGAGAUUGAAGACGAGGAGGAUGAUGAGUAUUUGAAUCAGUUAGGAUUAGUCAAGUGCUUUAAGGCAAGUGGAUUCAAUUUCUUCAUCGACUUUGAGGAGUUAACAUUUGAUUUAAAGAGUGAUUUCAUAGGAGGCGGUGGCUAUGGUGAUGUAUUUCAGGGUAAAUGGCUAGGUACUAGAGUAGCUAUCAAGAAAUUUGGAAAGCGAUAUCUUACUAAGAAAGCUGUGAAGGAUUUUAUUAAGGAAAUUGAAGUCGUUAAUUAACUUAGACAUCCAAAUAUAGUACUAUAUAUGGGAGUUUCAUUAGAUUAAAAUAACUUCUACUAUAUGAUAACAGAAUUCGUUAACAAGGGCUCUUUAUUUGAACUAUUACACUAAAAAAAGGUUAUCCUUGAUGAUGAUCGUAUUAUGCGGAUCGCUAAAUAAAUGGCAAUGGCAUUAUAAUACUUGCAUAGAAAAAAGAUUUUACAUUGUGAUCUAAAAUCACAAAAUAUCCUACUUAAUGAUGAUUGGACUGUUAAAAUAUGUGACUUUGGUCUAGCUAGAUAUAAAGAAAAGUUUUAAAAGGAUAAUCACGGUAAGAUAGGCACACCUCAUUGGAUGGCUCCUGAAAUUUUAAGAGGUGAGAAAUAUCUUGAGCCCUCUGAUGUAUACUCCUUUGGUGUGAUACUCUGGGAAAUGCUAAUUGGAGAAAUCCCAUAUAUGGGCAGAUCAAUAGCCUAAAUCACCGGGGUUGUAGGAUAUCACUAAGAGAAGCUAUUUGUACCACUUAGAUGCAAUAAACACUUGAGGAAGAUUGUUAAUAAUUGUCUUAUUUACGAACCACAUAGACGUCCUACUUUUGAUCACAUUUUGAAGUAUAUAGAAAGAGUUGAGAGGAAACCUCGGUUUGAAACUACUACUCCCUUAAUCAAUAAAUUAGGAGAUUUUUUAAGCUGA